AUGACGGACUUAUCAGGAAGACGAAGCGGUACGCUUUCAUCAUUCUGCCGAGGAAUGGACGCUUUCCUCGGCUGUGUUCCGCGUGACAGAUACAGAGCGCUGGUAGAAUCCUGAGGAAGUCAAUGGAGAAUUCACCUUAUAUAGAGCCUCUAGAUUAGGGUUAUUUUAAAGUCGAAAUGUGGCGAUUUGGGAGGCCGUCUGGAACAGAAGUGUUAAGAUGGAGAUGCCAAGGGUCGCCAAGAGAUAUCUGCUGCAAAUUUCACACCAGGGCUCUUCGGAAAACCUUUAACUUAAACCUCCGAACAGUUGGCAUCUGUGGUAGCAUAAAUCGCCAUCACUUCUCAUUUCCAACCAAGACAACAAGCUCUUAUAAAAAUACAUGGAGAGAACUUAGAACAUCUAUGUGCUAUUCCAUCUCUGGAUCCACCCCCAGGUUCUUUUGUACCUGUGAACCCAUCACAGAUCCCAUUGAGAUCCACAAACAGAAGCUGACAUUAUGGUUCAGUCACCUUCCUCGAGAGGAGAGACAAUUCGGUGGCUACUUUUCUACCGAAACUAUGCAUGUGGAGCCACUUAUCUUAGAGCGUCAUCCAGAUGAGGACAGAGGUCUUAACCCCUUCAAAGAAAAGACAGGCACAUCUCCACGUCCCUCUCUCACGGCUGAGCAGCUGUUUGAUGCUAACAUUAAUAGAAACAAAUCACGAGGACUUAAUGUUUUGCUGUAUGGGGCUGUCGGCACAGGGAAAAGUACUGUCGUCCGUAAACUGAUGCUGGAUUGGUGUGCUGGAUCGGUUUUCUCCCAGUUCAAACUUGUGUUGCCCUUCUCCUGUGAGGAUCUUUCCCAUUUAUCCAAGCCGACAUCCCUUCGAGACCUUGUGGGCAAGAAAUACCUGCACCUUCGCAAGACACCUUAUCUUAGUGGAGAUAAUGACAAGGCUAAGGAUGUCCUCUUCAUCUUCAACGGAAUGGAGAAGAUGAAGCUGGAUUUUCGCAUCGGUUCCACAGAGUUAUGCAGCGAUCCCAAUGAGGCUCUCCCAUCAGAGGCUGUUGUUGUUAAUCUGCUUAGGAAAUACCUGCUACCUGAGGCCAGCAUUUUGGUUACCACGAGACUAUCUGCUGUUGACAGAGUUCCUAAAAAAUACAUAAAUCGGUAUGUACAAAUCUGUGGCUUCAGUGAUCCUGAUCGCCAGAGUGCCUACUUCACCAGCAGGCUCUUGCAACAGAAUGAAGGCAAGCCGGGCAAGGCAGCCGAGACGCUCAUAGAGAUGCUUUACCUAAAUCUACAGCGGGAGAGUCAGCUAGCAACCGCCUGCUUCUUACCUUCUUACUGCUGGCUUACAUGUGCCACUCUUCAUUUAUUGCAUUUUACUGAUACAAGGUCACCAAUUCGAACUCUCACUGGCAUCUACACCAGGUUCAUGAGGCUCAACUUUGGAGGAGAAGUGAUAACCGUGGAUGGAAACGUCUCAUCACAAGAGCAACAGAACUCAUUAAUGCUCUAUGUGGUCCGUACUGUUGGUAAACUAGCUUUUGAUGGCGUCACCAACAAGCGGACGUCGUUCUCCGCUGAAGAACUGGAGCAGUGGGUUGGCGGAAAGACUAAAACGGACGAAGAGCUCGAGCAGCUGGCGGUGUUUCGCACAGAUGUGCUUGACUUCUUUCUGGUUCCCCGCAAUGAUCAUGGUAGAGAUCCUGAAUCUGGUGGUAGGCGCUACGUGUUUGCUGUUCCCGCCAUGCAGGAAUAUCUAGCAGCUAUUUAUGUUGUUCUUGGCGAGAACAAAAGCGUCCUGGAGAAGUUGACUAAGGAAGUCUCGGAGACUUUGGGACACGCCGGUGAGGACAUCACGAGCCUCCUGAGCAUCCUCUCUAAAAUCAUACCUUUCCGAAUCUUUGCCGUUUUCAAUUUGCUUAAGUUGUUCCCGAAACUCUUUGAGCAGGUCAGCAGCCUCAGCAAAGGGCAUAUUGCAAACACCAUGACGGCAGAAAUGUUUCGUUCGGAGGACAGCUUCAAUGAAGAUGUUUUGGACCAGCUGGAACAAAGUCUGCUGGGAGUGCAUGGUCCACAGCCACAGGAGGAAACCUACACAAGAGCGUUCGAACUCUACCCUAUCUUCAUGGGGGGACUUCUUCAUUACGGGAACCGGAGGCUGUUAGACCAGCUUGGAUGCAGCAUCAAGAGUCACACGGUUUCCCAGAUCACCCGUGCGCUGAGGAAACACCUGAUCAAGGAGAGUCAGAAGAAGCAGCCUCCUGAGGAGCUCAUGGAUCUUCUGGUCCUGCUGUAUGAGUUCCAGAACCCUCGACUCACAGCUGAAGUCCUCCAGUCCAUCAAGACCAUCAACUUGUCGAAUGUACGCAUGACGCCACACAAGUGCUUCGUUCUGAGCAUGGUUCUGAGCUGCACGAGCUCAAGCUUCCACCUGAAUGAGCUCAACCUCUCCUCCUGCCACAUCACUCCAGAGUUACUGCAGAUGCUUUGGCCAGCCUUCCAUCACACUAGCAACCUCAAUCUCCAGUUUAACAGCCUGGGUCCUGAGUCCUGCAUUCUUCUGCGAGAUCUCCUGCUUGAGCCCAACUGUACUAUUAAGUCAUUACAGUUGUGUGACAACUACUUGACAGACGCUGGCAUCAGCAAUCUGCUGGAAGCUCUGUCUGGUAACCACUCUUUGCAACGGCUGAGUCUGAUGCAUACUGGGCUAGGGGACCAAUCAGCACAAAUGCUGGCUGAGAGACUGGGCCAGCAUGAUAUGUUACAGGAGCUGAAUGUGGCCUUCAACAACAUCGGAGAUGGUGCAGCUCUCAUGCUGGCUGACGCCUGUCGCGAACAUCCCCGCAUCCACACAGUCCAUUUGUACCUGAACCAGCUUACAGAUGUGGGUAAACAGUCUCUGUAUGUUCGUGGAGGUCCUCGGGUCAAAGAGGGCCGGCGGGUGAAGGUCCUGUCCUCUGUAACAGAGGGUUCGGACAUCUCAGAGGACUGGCAUCCCAUUCUAAGCGUCAUUGGCAAAAAUUCUCUUUCCUGGGACAGAGGCCGUGUCCGCGAACAACUGUUGGUCUUCCUGAAAGACCUGGAAUGGGGUCGCAAACAGCACCAGAGUUUCUGGAAAAAGAUGCACUUCCGACGAGUGGAGAGCGUUGUGAGGCAAAUGCUGCGCUUACUGGAGAAGAGCAGUGAUACGGGAACCGGGACCAGUACAAAAUGAUGUAACUGUAAUAGAAGUUAAAGGGAUGGGGGUUUUAAUUUCUCAGAGGGAUAUUUGUUGCCAACCAAUUCAAUCUAGUCAGUCUUAAUAAUUCUAAUAAAUUUAACUUGUUAGAUUUAAAAGGGUUGUCUGUCUACAUAUCCAUCUACUUUAGCAUUAGGACAUUUUGUGAAAACGCUGUGACAAAUGAGUUUUAUUUGAUUGUUUGAGGGAAAGAUCAAUAUCUGCUACUCCGUAAUACUUCGGAUGAAUACUUGAAAACUGCUUCUUGUUGCACGAUGACAAAUCUUUGACAAAUUAGAAGCUAUUUCUUAUAUGUACUCAGUGAGAAUUCAGGGUUUUUUUCAUUAUCAUAACAAUGUGUCACUCCUUUUUGAAUAUCUUUUGUGUGAUUUGUGUGUCAAAUUGUGCUCUAGACAAGGUUAACAACGUAAGGUAGCCUAGACAAGGCUUUAGGUUGUUCUGCAAUAUUAACAUGUCUUUUGCCAUUUUCUGUGAUUUAAAAAAAUGUUUGAACUAACAAAUUGAGACUGAAAUUUGGUGUGCAAUAACAACAAAAUAAAACGAAAAAUGCUGAUGAAA